AUGAAACGUAAUGACGUAAUUCUGCGUUUAGCUCUAAAGGAUAAAAGAAAUAUAUCCGCCGAUUAUUAUCAAAAGAUUGAGGGAACAAACAUGCAAGAUAUAACAAUAAGUAAUUCUGCCACUUACAAUACUGAAGUGAUACUAUCUACAAGUUCAAUAGAAGUUAAAGACCAGAGUUCCAAGCAAAUCGAGAACCCUAUUGAUGACACGUCAACCGACUCUUCUUCAGAUUCAGAAAGACAUCGUUCCAUUAAAAUCUCUGACGAUUCCGAAACUGAAGACAACGUUGGUAACCAAGCUAACUUCAAAGCUACACCUGCAGCUACAUCUUCAGUAUCAACAUUGUACUCAAGCCUAGAUGACACGAUACCAGACACGAAAAAACGAAGCAGAAAACGUGUAGCUAAACCAACUGAAUGGUUACAAAAUAAAUGUAAAAUCCUCAGAAAUGCAGGAUCUGCUUACGUAACACUAAAAACAAAGGUGAAGAAGGAUGCUAGAAAAAUUAAACCACCGUGUAGCGAACGCUGUCGGUUAAAGUGUAAAGAAGAAUUUUCAGAAAUAGAUAGAGAAGCUGUUUUUAAAGAGUUCUGGGAACUUAAAAAUAUUAACCGCCAAAGACAUUUUAUCAACAGGCAUAUGGCGCCAAUAAAGCGAAAAUAUAGAUACACGACUACUCAAAAAGGGAGACAGUUAAAUCAUGCAUUUUACUUGACUAAAAUGGGAUGUCAAAUCCAAAUCUGCAAGACAUUCUUCAUGAAUACAAUAGACAUCAAUAAUAGAGUAAUACAGACUGUAAUCAAGAAGAGGACAUUUGCUGGUUCCGUUGAAGAGGACAAAAGAGGCAAACAUCACAGUCAUCACAAAUUGCCUAUUGCUGAUUGUGUUAAAGAAUCUAUUCGCAACCAUGUUAAUUCAAUCCCCCGCAUCGAGAGCUAUUAUUGGCGACAGCAAACUGCAAGGGAGUUUAUUGAGGGUAGAAAAACAAUAGCUGAUCUUCACUGUGAGGACGUAAAAGAAUGUGGGCUUAAUAAUAGACCUCACAGCAAUUAUGUAAAACGCAUCGGUAGCGCGGUGGCUAAGAGUCUGCUGCACUGCUGGCUGCGGCUGCGGCACUGCAUAGCCCUGGGUUUAGAUCCUAAUGAGUGA